AUGCUAUCACAGAUAUUUUCAGUCGAUGAUUGGGUGAAUGGUUAGAGCUACUUCAUCAAAAAGAGUGCAAAGGCAAGUAUGAUCAAUAGUAAACUUCAUGAUCAUACUAGACCACAACCAUUUAUGCCACUUUCUGUUCCAAGAAUUGUUUAAUAUAGAGCAAACUAAGACUUGGAAUGCUUAAAAAAUAUUGAAUUGACCACUAAAGGAUGUAGAUCUCUAGAGUGUCUGGAGAAAUAAUUCUCUAAAGAGUGCAACAAUCUCUAUGAUUCAAAGCAUUCUAUUGAUUUCUCUUAUGCAACUAUAAAGAAUGGAAAUACAACAAAAUAUAUUGACAUAAACAAAAAUUUGUCAAUUUGUGCUGAAAAUUCAUCCUGCAAUGAAUAUAGUUUAAGACAAGCUCAGAUUUUGGAAUUUAUGGGCUAUUAUUUUGUUUACGGUGAAUAUGGAUACUACAUAGAUCUAAUUGGUUCUCAUGAGAUGAUAUUUACGUAAAUUGAGAAACUGAAAAUAAAUAGCUGGUUGAAUGCUGAAACAAGAGCACUGGUUUAUGAAUACAGUGUAUUUGAUGUAAGAAGAAAUCAGGUUAUGGUUAUUUAAGUGAUCAUUGAAAACCUAGGAGAUGAUAUUUUAAAGAGCAAGCUACUAAUCUAAUAAAUUAACCCAUAAUUAUUUUCAAUCGUGCCAGAUAAUCUCAUGGAAGAAAAAUAGCCUCCAUAAGUCUUCAGAUCGUUCAGAUUCGCAUUGUAUAUUGUGAAACUAGGAUUUAUUGCAUAAGUAUGCGUAAUGGCUAUUUAACCAUUUAAAAUAUUCUCCAUAUUUUCUAUGUACGAAUACUUUGAUCCUUUAAAGAAGUAAAUUAAUUUAUGCAUUAUAAAUUACACACUUUUAGAUUGCUUAACACAUAUUACCGAUAAUACCCAAGUAAAAACAGUUAAAAUUGUUGAUAAGGAAAAUUAGAUGAUUAAUGUGUACGAGAAAAAUAAAAUAGUUCUCUGGUUUGCUAAGGAUCUCGGCUCUUUUUCUGAUAGGAUGAUAAGAUAAGAUUUGUUUAAGAGAUUCAAUUAAUGUUGUGAUGACUUCCCUAACUGUCAUAAUGAAUUAAGAACUUGCGUGGAUAAAGGAUUUGUAACAGAGUUUAUUGACUUAGUUUCAGCAAGUGAAUUGAAAAGCUUCUUAGAAUCACUAUUUAAGCUAAAACCAUUCCUUAUUACAACUUUUGCUUUGAACAAUCUUAGACUGGUAAUUGAUUUCAGAAUUCAUAGUGAAAUAACGCAAGGAGUUUAUUCUCUAUAAAAUGAUGGCCAUCAAUAUAACAAAAUUCUUCAGAGUUACCUAUCUUCAAUAAGGAAUAUUUUGUCAUUUUUCAAUGACAUUGGAUGUAAAGUGCCCUUGCUUUUGUUUGAAUAAGAUAGAACUAUUAUUGAGCACAAAUAACUUAUGCUUAUGAAUCAAUAGUAUAAGUAUUUCUUCUACACAAAGAAGCUAGAAAAAGUGAAGAGCUUUUGUAGAAUGGAAUCACUGUCUUAGUUCGCUAAGAAUAGUAUAAAUUAUCAAAAUAGAAGCAAUUGA